ACUGCCCUGCCGCCGACUGCCAACAAAGCCCACCGUACAGUACCAGCUACCGGUAGCUAGAGAGAAGAAACAUGCUAUUCACCCUUCGCGGCAUCAUCUUCGUUGCCGUUGUUGCAGAAUCUGCCAGGGCCUUUGCCCAGCAAUCCAGUAGUGGUAGCACGUUCAAGGAACCUUCCAUCAAUCUCCAACGGCCACACGAAGAUCGAUCUCCAUCUGACUCGCUUCGGCAUCUGGCAAAGGAGUGUCAACGACUUGGAAUUGAUUCAUUCGAUGUGUAUGGCGACUUCAAUUCAACCGCGGAGUCUUCCUUUUUGAGGAGAUUUGAAGCUGAGAUUGCCGAGGAGUUGGGAAUGGAAGAUGCUGUGUUUAUGCCUUCGGGUGGGAUGGCUCAGUCCAUUGCGCUUCUGAUCCACGCCGCCAACAAAUCACCAUCCUUUGCGUGUCAUCACACUUCGCAUCUGCUACUGCAUGAACAGGAUGCCUACAGAGAACUUCUACAUAUGGAUCCCGUCAUCAUAUCGACUGAGCAGCGUGCAACGGGCAAGUGUAUGUCUAUACCACCCAUGAUGUUUCGUGACGUGCAGCAAAACCUCGACCAGCAUGGCAAUACAGUGUCAACACUCAUUCUAGAGCUCCCGCAUCGUGAAAUUGGGGGUAAACUCACACCUUGGCAAGACGUCUUGCAGAUGCAAAGCUAUUGCAGGCAGCGCGGGAUCAAGUUUCAUUUGGAUGGAGCAAGGAUAUUUGAAGCGACAACGGGCUAUGGUGACAUGUCACUGAAGGAGAUUGCUUCCGUUUUUGACUCGGUCUACAUAUCAUUUUACAAAGGUCUGGGCGCGAUAUCCGGCGCCAUGCUAUUGGGAUCUAAAGAUUUCUGUGAUGCAGCUCGAGUUAAUUUGCGACGGUUUGGGGGGAAUCUUUAUACGCUUCUGCCGUAUGCGAUAUCGGGCUGGUCUGGAUUCCGACGUCAGUGGCGACUAGAAAGUGGCGAAGACGAGCAACUUGCCGGUGCGGACGUACCGGACCCAAUCAUGUCCUUUCAAGACAAGAAGAACAAGCUAGUGGGUCUCGUCGGAGCUCUAGCGGCUGAAAGCCAAAUAGCUAGAGUACUUUCAUUUGACCCUGAAGAACCGGAGACGAGCAUGGUCCACGGAUUUCUCAGGGCAUCACCCAAAGAUUGCGCCAAGGCUCUCGACCAGGUCGAAAAGGACACUAACGUCAGAGUUCUGAGCCGUGUACGUCCUGUCGAAGAAAGCGAGCCUCAGUAUAAGGUUGGUUUCAGGUCCAGGUUUGAGUGGGCCAUGGGCGAAAGCAAUGGCCAUGUAAGUGAUGAAACCUAUAUGCUUGGUUUGAGAGCCUUGGCUGGCGCCUUGAGCUCAGAAGGGGAUUGAAACGGCUCAACUUGUCGAAUGAUUCGAUUCAAUGGAGAGACUCCCCAGCACCCAACCGCCACUCGGCAAGGAAACCAAAUCUUUGACCCUCAGCCAGAUGGACAUGUACCGGUACCGGUACAAUUUUCUCGCGUGAGAAUUGAGAAUUGCCAUCCCGUGCCAAUAGCUAACCAUACCGCACCCGAGAGGGACGGCCACAGAAACAAACAAGUGCUAGCUGAAGGAGACAAUUCAACCUUUAUGAUAGCCGUUUCGUUAAAAGAAAACAUGUGAUGCACUCAGCUCGAGCAUAUCAUUUAGAAUCUUGUUGGCUAGCUGGCUGGAGCUACGCCAGCUAGAGCUACCAGUAUGCCAGCAAGCUUUCAGCAUCGAAUGAAUGAAUCAUAAAAACAAUUCUAAUCUCUCGGCUGCUGGAUCUAGCCAGGGCGGCUAGUCAACAUGUUUGUAGUCGCGCUACCGGUAGCCUGUGGUUGCUCCAGGAGCAGUACCUGGUACCUAGUACCUGGUAUCCGUGAUUGGUUGAUGUUGCUGUUUUUGGUCCUUUUACUAGAAGGCGACGUCACACGGAAAAAAAUGGAUUCACAAGCUUUAUUCUUGCUGUAGAUGCCUCAG